CAUUACCUAUAGCUGGCGCCCUAUCAUCAGUCUUUUUUCCGUGUGGCACGCUCUCAAGCUCAUUACAAAAAUGGCAGAAGAUUGGUCAAGUGAAAUUGCUGGAAGCACACCAGCUCCAGUGGCUGCUGAGAUGCCAGAGAUCAAGCUGUUUGGCCAAUGGAGCUGUGAUGAAGUCCAAGUCAGUGACAUCAGCUUGACUGACUACAUCCCAGUGAAGGAAAAGUAUGCCAAGUACCUCCCCCACAGCUCUGGUCGCUACCAGGUCAAGAGGUUCCGCAAGGCCCAGUGUCCCAUCGUAGAGCGCAUCACCAACUCCAUGAUGAUGCAUGGCAGGAACAAUGGCAAGAAGCUGCUCACCAUGAGAAUCAUCAAGCAUGCCUUUGAGAUCAUCCACCUGCUCACUGGAGAGAACCCACUGCAGGUUCUUGUGAAUGCCAUCAUCAACAGUGGACCUCGUGAGGACUCUACCCGUAUCGGUAGGGCUGGUACUGUCCGUCGUCAGGCUGUUGAUGUCUCUCCACUCAGGAGAGUCAACCAGGCUAUCUGGCUGCUCUGCACCGGAGCUCGUGAGGCAGCCUUUAGGAACAUCAAGACCAUCGCUGAGUGCUUGGCUGAUGAACUCAUCAAUGCUGCCAAGGGAUCGUCCAACUCGUACGCCAUCAAGAAGAAGGAUGAACUGGAGCGUGUUGCCAAGUCCAACCGUUAAGAGGGAACUUGAUCAUUGCUGUGGACUGGUUCAGCAUCAAGAGAUGCACAUUACAUCUAAUUAGAGUAUCUCAUACAUUGUACAUGUCAAUUAAAUAAAUCAGUCAUAAAAAAAUGCA